AUGGCGCACGACAGCUUCGAGUCGGUGGUUCGGAGCGGCGAUACCACACCACCGCUCACCGAGCCAGAUGCAAUUGUGACACAACCAGCUGCUGUUUGCAGCGUCCAAUCCCUAGACAAUGCAGAUACGAGCUCCGCAGGUUCAUCUUAUACACCACGACCGUAUCUCACAGAGGUGCUGCCCAUCGGGCUUGUCGACUCGAUCAUCGCCUUCACCGUCGACGUAGCCGCUCCCUGUCGUCCCUGCAAGCACGAGUGCACUCAGCCAGACUACCAUAAGUCUGGCAUCUGUCACCUUCUCAACCUCGCCAAAACGUGCAGCAAGUUGAGAAUACGAGCCCAGAAGUUGCUCCACCAGCACCUUCGAAUCAGAAGCUUUCCCAUGGAGGAUGGUUGCUACACAUUCACCCAUGAGACGGAGAACCUUAAGACCGACUACGUGCUUCCGGAAAAGCAGGUUUUCGAUAUGGUCCAGAAGAAUAGUAGACUGGUGACGCACACUGCCAUAAAUGUCAGGUCGCUAACUUUCGACUUUCCCCGUCGUCUCGACAAAUCCUUACCAAGCAGAGCUUUUGCAACGGCAUUCGUCCAGCUCAUCAGUCGCCUCCCGCAGCUCAAAACCCUACUGUUCAACCUUCCCCUGUACUCCUGGGCCCAGGACACCUUCCGCGAAGCUUUUGAGAACCAUUUCAAUGAUACCGAGCCAUUGAGUAAGCUGCCGGUCACCGAAGCUCAAUUGGGCAUCUUCUGUGGCUUUGGUGCGCACUACUGCCCAGGGCUCAUGGCAGUAGUCGGAUACGAUCAUUACAAUGACUUCCGCACCAACACUCGACUACCCGAGACCCUACUCGCCAUAUCUCAGGGUGGCGAGGCUUCUCCACAACCUGCUAAGUUCCCCCUGGAGCACUUCGAGAUGGCUUGUUUCUGGACUCAAACCACAUGGAACGUCGUCGAAGCGCUAUCACAGCACGUCAUUCUCAAGAAACUCGGCGUCAGAGGGCAGCUGGCGGAACCACCGCUACCGCUCGACUACAGAUCAGGAACCCGGGUUAAGCGCAACGACUUCUACAAGAACCUACGGCAGUUCAAGCACCUCGAAACUCUGAUUCUGUCAGGCAACGUCUUGUGGAACUUCUUCUGGAAGUACCGCGGCACCGAUUACUUUGAACUUGGACUUGACCCAUUUACAAGCGUGACCGACGUUGUGUACGAAGACGAACUCCAGCCCCAUCACCUACGCUCGUUCCUGGACUUCCGCCAUGACCACUUUGGUACCGGAGAGCUUGACGCUACGAACCGGCUUUACGACAAGGUCUACCGUGAAUUCAUGACAACACUGCAUUCGGAGGGCCUCGAGCACAUCAGAACUGUCUGGAUCGAAGCUUCUCUACGCCCGAGACAAGCAGACGGAAAGUUGCGUCCACCCGAUGUGCCGUACUACGACUACAGUAAGUUCCGAGAUGUCAAGCUGGUUCGUCAAAAGGAUGGUUCUAUCACCAUCAGCCGUCAAGACGUGAGGAGGCAGCUCACAGAUGGUCUUGUGCCGGUCGUGGGCUUCCCUCAUCGGACGUACCCAGACCAGUCGUUGGGCUCGUACUUGAAGACAGCGCUUCCGCUCGGCUACCCACGGAGCAGUGUGGUACGGGAAACAGAGCUGCCCAACGGACGUAACCGCAGUUACCCGGAUGGCGAGCUGGCGAUUGGUGACGAGUGGUUGUAA